AUGUCCUGGCCGGAAGGUGGCAAGCGUCUGCCGCUCUGGGACGCGAUCUAUAAUGGCGACACUGUGGCCGCUCAGAAGCUGCUGGUGACGAAAAGUGGAGCCGCGCAGGUCAAUGCUCCACAUGGACUCUGGCAGCAGACAAGUGUGCAUGUUGCAGUGCAGCACGGACACGCCAAACUACUGAAGCAUUUGCUCUUUACCGGAGCCAACGUCAACGCGCGGACGAUCAACGGGACGACGCCGCUGCAUCUUGCUGUCGAGAUCAACCGCCGAGAUAUCGUACAAGACCUGCUGCUCGCGGGUGCAAACCCGCUACUCCGCAACUUCACAGGCCAAACUCCUCUCCAGUUAGCCGUGAGUCGCGGGUUAAAGCCCAUCGCGACACUACUCCGCCAAGGCGUCGAUAGCCAGCAAACUCUUGCCAGCCUCGAAGCUGCAGCCCAGCAAACAGCCAAGCGUCGACAAUCCCUCAUCACGAAUAAGUAAUAUCCGUUGCUGUUUUCCAGGCAUUUUACCGAUCAUUUCUGUAUCCUCGUAUUUCAAAGCAAAAAAAAUGUAAUCGA